GUUUUAACAUCUUUUUCAGUUGAGAAUCGAUUUUAGAGCCACUAUGGAUAAUUUUCAUGAUGGAAAGUGCUUUUCGACGAGGAUUUGAGAUGAAGCUUUAUUUUGUUUUUAUAAAGGCUUGGAUUUUUAGAAACUUCAUCAUUCGUUUUAGCCUUGGAUUUAUAGAAACUUCAUCAAUCGUUUUUUGUUUUUGUUUUUUUUUUUUUGGUAAAUCAGUAGGGUAACUUUCCCUCGUUUGAAAGCUGUGCAAUGUACCCCAACUCUGCAACUUUUACGGAAAGUUUAACCGGCAAGAACUCAUGGGGGCUACAAAUGCGAAAGGUCAUCAACGCUGGUUCGCUGAGAAGAAAAAAAACUCACCGCCCCUCAGAAAAGCGAAAUCCCCAGCAACUCAACUAUCCAUCUCUCUAACCCUUUCUCACUCAAAACCCUAGCAACUCCACCAUCCAUCCAUUGCUACUCGCCCCAACGAAGCUCAACCCUCCAGCAACUCCUGUCCUCCUCGCCCCCAGGUCUAUUCCCCUCAUCGCUGCAAGCUAAGAGCUCAGAGAAAUCUAUUUUUCAAUUGUAGAGCCUUGAUCAACACCAACAACCAUGGUGGUUCACUUAAACGAGCAUCUCUCCUCCCUUGAUAUCCAACAAGAAGGAGAAGCUGAACUAGUUUCAUCAUCAUCAUCAUCAGAAGAAGAAGAAGAAGACGAAGAAGAGGAACAAGAGGAAGAAGAAGCGGAGAAUGUAACCCUAGGGUUUGUUGAGAAGCGGAAAAACCCUCGCACUCUGCAACGCCAGUUCUUUCCUAGCAAGGCUGGCGGUCAACCUGCAUGGUUGGAGCCUGACAACUUACCUACUGGAGAUAGUUGCAUAUGUGACAUAUGUGGAGGGCCUCUACAAUUCUUGCUUCAAGUUUAUGCUCCAAUAUCGGAGUAUGAAUACACCUUCCACAGAACACUGUUCGUUUUCAUGUGCCCUUCCAUGACCUGCCUCGUAAAGGACCAACUUGAGCAAAAAAAUGCCAAAUCAGGAAAAAUAGCUCGAAGUGUGAAAGUCUUUCGUUGCCAGCUUCCUCGUGCUAAUCCUUUCUAUUCACCUGAGGCCCCAAAGUGCACUGACUCGCCUUCUUCAAUUGGAGCAACAUUGUGUACAUGGUGUGGGACAUGGAAAGGAAAUAAAAUAUGUUCUGGUUGUAAGCAAGCAAACUACUGUUCUGAAAAACACCAGAUGAUCCACUGGCGUGGAGGCCAUAAUAAUGAUUGUAAUAAGACUGGUGCCAGUCCACAAUCUGUGGGGUGUUCCUCUAGGUGUAAAACAAGCAGCAAGGCUUCCCCAAUAGUGAGCAAUAAAGUUGCGAGUGCUUCUCAGUGGCCGGAGUAUGAAAUAAUAAAUGAAGAUGAAAGUGCCUUCUUUAUGGAAGAUAUGGAGGCCAAAGGAUUGGAAACUUCUCUAGUUUCUCAAAAUCAUAUGGAUGGCGCACUUCAGUCACUGGUAGAUAAAUUUGUGGGAUCUAACGAUAGAGAAAGUUGGGCAUCUUUUCAAUCACGCAUUGCCUUAGCUCCCGAGCAAGUGAUGAGGUAUUGUAGAGAAGUUGAUUCAAAACCUCUGUGGCCAUCAUUAAAUAGCAGGCCUAUGGAUGCAGAUAUCCCAACAUGCGAACAUUGUGGUAGCCGACGAGGUUUUGAGUUCCAGGUAUUGCCUCAACUGCUCUAUUAUUUUCAUGUUAAAAAUGAUGAUGACUCGAUCGAUUGGGCGACAAUCGUCAUUCACACUUGUGGAUCUUCGUGUGAUACUGGCCCCACCUACAAGGAGGAGUUUGCUUGGGUGCAGCUUUGUUCUACUCCUUGACUAUCUCCAGAAGCAUUUUCUUAGUUGGUUUCUCUUCCAUGCGAGGGUGGUUUUAAGCUUCUUUCCAGGAAACAGAAAAGCCUAGGGGUGUUUCUUCAUCAAUUUUUCUCUGCUCUUGCUUUUUGUGUUUGAGUUCAAUGAAAUUAUAUCACAGUGAAUGUACUGCACAAGGUCCCUUCCAAGGCAGCAACAAAAUGCCCUAAACAACGAGGGCCUUGUAGUUGCGCUAACAACUGAACUCGUGCAGCAAAAAUGGUUCGAUGUUGAGUUUACGUUGGUUGCGCUGAUGACCGAACUCCUUUUAUUGACUCAUUGCACUAACGGCAAAACUCAUUGGGGCUUUGCUCGUUGCUUCCUCAUCUACGCUCGUAAAGCCAAUAUUACUUUUUGGGAUGGGAGGUGAAACAACAGUGGAAGCGGACAUUUCGAAAUAACAACAUAAAUUAACGAGACUCGGUUAUCCUGGACCGCGCUCCAGAAAAAGUGGCCCGCUUGAUAACCAAUGUGAAGGGUACAAUUUUGUUAAAGAGUUACUCGCACUCUUGGAUGAGUUUUGUAUUAAAUAAUAUUCUUCCUUUAGUGAACACAGAUUAAUAUAGCAUUUGAUUUGUUAGGUGA